UGUGGACCUGUUGUAAUUUGAAAGGAGCUGUUGAUAGAAAGAUAAAGGGAGAGAAAUGGCAGUUGCAGCAGGAAGGGCUUUCCUUGUGCAGCCAUCUUCUUUAUGCUUUGCUUCGCAUAACAAUUUACCGAAGCAUUCAUUUGGUAACACAAGCACAUCCUUGCUUGUUAAACCAGGAAAUGCUCGAGGUUUUGCCCGACACAUGGUUCGAGCCCAGGUGCGCCCUACUUGGCUUCCUGGGCUCGACCCCCCAGCAUAUCUGGAUGGAAGCUUGGCUGGGGAUUUCGGGUUUGACCCACUUGGGCUUGGAGAGGAUCCGGAAAGCUUGAGGUGGUAUGUGCAGGCAGAGCUGGUUCAUUGUCGCUUUGCAAUGCUUGGAGUUGCAGGAAUUCUCCUAACAGAUUUACUGCGUGUAACAGGAGUUCUCAGUAUACCAGUAUGGUACAAUGCAGGGGCAGUUAAAUUUGGGUUCGCCAAUACAGAGACUUUGAUCAUUGUGCAGUUCCUUUUGAUGGGAUUUGUUGAAACUAAAAGAUACAUGGAUUUCAAGACUCCUGGAUCUCAAGCGAAAGAUGGAUCCUUCUUCGGACUGGAGGCUGCAUUAGAAGGUUUAGAACCCGGGUAUCCUGGUGGUCCAUUGCUAAAUCCUCUUGGUCUAGCAAAAGAUAUCAAGAAUGCUCAUGAGUGGAAGCUUAAAGAGAUUAAGAAUGGACGGCUUGCCAUGGUGGCCAUGCUCGGCAUGUUUGUACAAGCUUCUGUUACUCAUGCAGGACCCGUCGAUAAUCUUCUGUUACACCUCUCGGACCCAUGGCACAGGACCAUUGUUCAGACCCUAGCUAACUCUGGCUCUUAAAUGUAAACUGAAGUUGGUCUUUGCAUCACAUGUAAACUGAUGAAAUGUAAACUUCUUCAAUUUUAUGCUUGUGAAAUAUCACGUGUGAAAUAACGGUAAAAGAUGUUCAAUAAAUAAAAAUAUAAGGAAUUUUGAUCACCGAUCAGUCGUAAA